CUGUGUGCGUCUUUGUGGUUUCGGUAGCCAGUCAGUCAGUCAGAGUGUGGUAGCUGGACCGGAGUGCUGCGCGUACGGCUGGAGAAGCUGGAUAAAGCGCACGGGCUCGGCGCAUGUAUUUGCUCAUUUUUCUCUCCGCUGCUCGAUUCCGCUGCGUCCCUUAACGGAUGCUGGGUGCAAUCUAUCCCCGUGUCAAGUAUACGCGUCUGACGGACAAGCCAUGGACAGUCUAGGCAGCCGCUGUAAGAUUGUGGUGGUCGGGGACACGCAGUGUGGGAAAACGGCACUCCUGCACGUUUUUGCCAAGGACUGUUAUCCAGAGAACUACGUGCCCACAGUGUUUGAGAACUACACAGCCAGCUUCGAGAUAGACAAGCACCGGAUUGAACUGAAUAUGUGGGACACGUCAGGUUCGUCUUAUUACGACAACGUGAGGCCACUGGCGUAUCCCGAUUCAGACGCGGUCCUCAUCUGUUUCGACAUCAGCCGCCCAGAGACUUUGGACAGUGUCAUAAAGAAGUGGCAAGGAGAGACUCAGGAGUUUUGUCCCAACGCCAAAGUGGUGCUGGUGGGCUGCAAGCUGGACAUGAGGACGGAUGUCAACACCCUGAGGGAACUCUCCAAACAGCGCCUCAUCCCCGUCACCCAUGAGCAGGGCAGCACAAUAGCUCGACAGAUGGGGGCGGUGGCCUACGUAGAGUGCACCUCCAAGGUCUCUGAAAACAGUGUUCGAGACGUGUUCCACGUCACCACCCUGGCUUCGGUGCGGCGGCCGCACAAGCCUCAGCUAAAGCGCAGCAGUUCCCGCAGGGGCCUGAAGCGAGUGUCGCAGCUGCCCCUGCCACCUCUACCGGGUCGGACUGAGCAAAUGGACCAGGCGCCGGCCAUGAGGAAGGACCGGGCCAAGAGCUGCGUGCUCAUGUAGAGACCCAUCCUAAAUAUAUAUACAUAUAUAUAUGUACAUACAUAAAAACAAAAAUAUAUAUAAGAGGAAGUCUAUUUAUUAUUUGAUGCUUUUUUUCCCCCUCGUAUUCUUAUUUUUUUUGCACUGCAGAGGAGUGAGAAAAGAGAAACACGGCACUGUGGAAACAACUGCUUUGAAUGUUUUUGUUUUAUCCUUUUCUUUGAUUUGUUGAGUGUGUGCAUAUUUUAGAAGAUGUUUACAUAUUUGUGUUGUUUUGAAAUGAUGGCAAAUUGGACAGACGCCCUGGACAUGAGGAAGCUGUGAUAGUGGAAUUGGUGGCCAGUUCCGUGAACAGAAGUGGAAUUAAUUUCCCGCUCCAAUAAGAGGAUGGAAGAGUGUGCGUGUGAGAGGAGCCAUGUUGAAGCGGUAUGCCUGGAGAUGAAACUCGUUUCCAAAGACAGUGUUGUUCAGCAGACGUGAGGACUGCCUUAAGUUGCUUCUCGUUGCCAUACUUGAGGGGAAAACCUGUAUGUACAGUAAUGCCGAAAAGGGAUUCAGCUCUUUAAGAACUGAAAAGGAGCUGUUGACAGAAAUAUUGUAAGUGAGCAUUACUGCCACAAGUGCAUUUUAGCAAAAGAAGUCACAACGUGUUUUAUUUUGCAGAAUUUAACACUUUUUGUUUUUAUGACCUCUAUCGUGUCAGUUUGAAUCACUGAAAUUAAUGCUGUUGUCGCUAUUUUAAGGAUGUUUAUUUGUGGAAAAUAAAGUGGUAAAAUGUUAGGGCUAUUUUAUUGUACUUUCACUAAUCUCUAAAAUAAAGCAGCAGCUUGACUGUAUGGGGGAAAGACAA